UUGAUUAUCGUUUCGUGAAUGAACGUGCGAGACAUCGCGACUGGACAUUGCUGAUUUAUAUAAUCGUAGAAUAUUACGAGAAACAAUUCGAUUCGAUCGACAAGAUAAUCGUUCGCCUGAUAUUUUUUCUAUGACUUGUUUUAUCAAACAUAACCUGUAUACGAUAUAAUCGCGUUAGUACAUUUUUUUUUUUACAUGAAAACUUUGUGUCUAUCAUUGUUCUGAUAGUACAUUGUCAUUUCUUUCAACAAUCUUACCGUAACAAAGGAAAAUCUUUUAUCGUCGCAACAACAUCGUGCAGAUAUUUUUCAAACGUGAAAAUUGGAAAAGAUAUUAUUAAGUCAUAGAUCAAAUAUGUUGUUACGCAAAUUACACGAUUAACAUUAAUAUCUAAUAAUCUGGAAUCGUUAAGUCUAAUUACGUAUCACGGGGGAAAAAGGCACGAUGAGUCGUAAUUGAAAGUUGCACGUAAUGUUUUAUUGCAGAACUCGUCUUCGUACGUAUUCAACGUAUUCGUAUAUCACGUAGUGGAUCGGUGUUGUUGUUUUUUUUCACUCGUACGGGUACACUUUAAGUCUAAAGUUUAGAUACGUGUUUUUGUUCGAAAUAAUAGGUCAACGUAACCAUGAAUUAUCGUAUAAUUGUCCCCGACAUUUAUGUCGUCCAAUUACUCGGUAUACAAUUUUUUAAAUUUCGCGCGCACAUUUUAAAUAUACAUGUCCGAACGAAAGCGAAAGAAGAUUAAGCAAACCAUACACAGACACGCGAACGAAUACAAUGGCUGAACAAAACAACGGUGUACAACAAGCACAUCAUGACGCGGGCGUUAAAUUGCCGGCCGAAAAACGUUCCCCUCAUCACAGUGUCGAAUCACCACAGUUGCUUCGACGAUCCGGGCAUAUGGGCGACACUGGACCUGAGGCACCUACUGAAUCGACGUAAGAUGAGAUGGGCACUAGCCGCGCACGACAUUUGUUUCACCAAGACCUGGCAUUCCUACUUCUUCAUGCUGGGCAAGUGCAUUCCCGUGAUCAGAGGUGCCGGAGUGUACCAGGAAGCAAUGAAUUUCAGCAUCGAGAAACUGGCCUCCGGGGAAUGGGUUCACGUGUUUCCCGAGGGGAAAGUGAACAUGCUAAAAGAGGACCUGAGGUUCAAGUGGGGCGUAGGAAGGUUAAUAAUGGAGUCACCUGAGCCGCCCCUGGUGAUACCGAUUUAUCAUCUAGGCAUGGACGAAAUACUACCGAACGAACCGCCGUACAGAUUGAGACUACGGAAAAAGGUCACCAUUAAUUACGGUGACCCUAUAGAUUUUAGCGAAUUAGUGCAUGAAUUACGUACAUCGAAAGCUAGCGAGAUGGAAGCAAGGAAAGCGAUCACAGAUCGUAUUCAGAACGAGCUUAUAAAAUUAAAAUCGGCCACCGAGGAACUUCACGGAAAGUUAUGAUGAUCGAUCGGGGGACCGUCGCACUGUUACCCCCUGCUAGCUUUAAUUUGCCAAAAAAAAAAAAUAAAAAUGCAAUUUUAAUAUGACAAUAGGUGGUACUUGUGGUACUAGGUUUUUUUUUUUUAAUCGGAGGUGAUCACCCGAGGACGACAGUUUAGCAAUACUUGUGUAAUUGUGCAAUGUAACACGGAAUGCCGGACAACAGUGAUUUAGACUCUCUAAAAGGAAAACGCCACGCUCGUAUGACAGUCGGUUUCGAAUUUUAAUUUGAAUACGAGUCGCCCCCGACUUAACUAAGAAUGCCAUUAUACGUUUUCACGGUGGACGCGAACCCGUGCGCAAUAAUGUAUAUACAUACACACGUGUACAUAGAACGAACCAUCGGAACAUGUUAAAUAUAGACUCGCAUAGAUUGUUGAUAGAAAGAAUGUUAAGAUAAUCAUAAAUUACGAAAGCUCCUGAACAAUAAUUACGUCCUCGUUGCUACGUAGCACGAUCGCGCCUUGCCUUUGUGCGCCGCCAUUACAAUAUGUAGGAGCUUUGUAAUUUUUGGUCGCACAACUAGCGUAAUACAAUCUUGUAACGUUUGAUUAAUUUUGUAUUUAUUAAACUUAUUCCGCAUAUACUAAA